AGUUGGAGAAGAUCUUACAAAUGCGGAAGCGCCUGCGGAGAGGCUAGUUAGAUAAAUGUUGUUCUUAAAAAAGACAAAAGAAAAUCCAAAAUAUUUGUCAAAUCACAUCCUUCAAAUUCAGGAAACAAAAUUAUUAAGACAGAAAAGAAAUAAUAAAAACGCGGUUUAAGCUUCUCCACCACUAUCUUGGUUCUCUCUCUCUCUCUCUCUCUCUCUCUCGCUCACCUCACUCUCUUCGCCCCUUUGCACUCACUUUCACACUUCUAAGCGUCAAACCCUCCAACUCUCUCUCUCUCUCUCUCUCUGGGUUUUAUUGGCGUUGUACUUUGUGCUUUGCUCCAAAAGCCCUAAACUUGGAGUACAUUUUCAGAUCUGCGCUGACAUUUCAUUCAAUUCAAAGCUAUGCGCCACUAGUUUUACUUCCCUUGACUGAACAAACCCAUUUCCCUAAAAUGUCAAACUCCGACCCGAAAACCCGACCUCGUCCGGGUCCAUGGCCUCCCGCUCCGGACUCCUCCGCAAUGCCCCCUUCUUCUUGGGCUAAGAAAACCGGCUUCCGCCCCAAGUUCUCUGGCGAGACCAAUGCCAGUGAUUCCGGUCAGAUAUCGCUGCCGCCGCCCCGGCCCCGAGAGCCUGAAGCCCAGCCUGAUCUCGAAGCUGGACGGGCCCGGCCUCAACCGGCUCCGAAUGGCGUGCCCGAGCGCGAGGUGGCUGCACCGGCUCCAGCGGCACCUUCGGAUAAGGACCAGACGGUGAAGAGGAGGAAGGACUCUAAUGGAGGGUCGAAGGUUGCGGCCAAUGGGCCCAGUGGGCCCAAUGGGCAGGCCGCUGCUGGGCCCACGGAGCCCAAUUCGCAGCCGCGGAGGCCGGCGAGGAUUGAAGAAGUGGUUGAUGUUUUGCCACACGGUGUUGAUGAUGAUGGGAAUGUGGCUAGGCACUCGCAUAUGAAGUAUGAGCUCAGAGAUACACCUGGUCUUGUUCCCAUUGGUCUCUACGGGUUCCAGCAUUAUCUUUCCAUGUUGGGUUCGAUAAUUCUAAUUCCACUCGUCAUAGUUCCGGCAAUGGGUGGGACUUAUGAGGAUACUGGAAAUGUUGUAUCUACAGUGCUUUUUGUUUCGGGAGUGACCACUCUCUUGCAGACAUCGUUUGGAUCAAGAUUGCCCUUGAUACAGGGUCCUUCAUUUGUUUACCUAGCUCCCGCUUUGGCGAUAAUCAACUCCCCAGAAUUUCGAGGACUCAAUGGAAAUAAUUUUAAGCAUAUCAUGAAGGAGCUACAGGGGGCUAUAAUAAUAGGUUCAGCUUUUCAAGCAAUACUUGGAUAUAGUGGACUAAUGUCAAUAUUUUUGAGGCUAAUCAAUCCAGUGGUUGUGUCACCCACAAUUGCUGCUGUUGGACUUUCUUUCUACAGCUAUGGUUUCCCGUUAGUUGGUACUUGUCUUGAGAUUGGUGCGGUGCAGAUAUUGUUGGUUGUUAUCUUUUCUCUUUACCUACGGAAGGUAUCUAUUUUUGGUCAUCGUGUAUUUCUAAUAUAUGCGGUUCCUUUGGGUCUGGCAAUCACAUGGUCGGCUGCUUUCCUACUAACUGAAGCCGGAGCAUAUAGCUACAAAGGUUGUGAUAUAAAUGUACCUGCAUCAAACAUAAUAUCUGAACAUUGCAGAAAGCAUGUUUCGAGGAUGAAGCACUGUCGAGUUGAUACCUCUCAUGCUCUAAGAUCUUCCCCAUGGUUUAGGUUUCCCUAUCCGUUACAAUGGGGUACUCCUGUAUUCCACUGGAAAAUGGCCUUUAUCAUGUGUGUGGUUUCCAUUAUCUCAUCAGUGGAUUCGGUUGGCUCCUAUCAUGCAUCUUCAUUAUUGGUGGCUUCCAGACCUCCAACCCCUGGUGUUCUUAGUCGAGGGAUUGGUCUGGAAGGUCUUUCUAGUGUCUUGGCUGGUCUUUGGGGUACUGGAACCGGCUCCACAAGUUUAACUGAAAAUGUGCACACACUAGCUGUCACUAAGAUGGGAAGCCGUAGAGCUGUUGAAUUGGGAGCAUGUGUUUUGAUUGUCUUAUCCCUUGUCGGUAAAGUUGGAGGCUUUCUAGCAUCCAUUCCCCAAGUCAUGGUUGCCGCACUGCUGUGCUUCAUGUGGGCGAUGCUUGCUGCAUUGGGCCUGUCCAAUCUACGUUAUAGUGAAGCUGGAAGCUCUCGGAAUAUUAUCAUAGUUGGCUUAUCUUUGUUUUUCUCGCUUUCAAUACCGGCCUACUUUCAGCAAUAUGGCAUCUCUCCAAACUCCAACUUAUCUGUUCCAAGUUAUUUUCAACCAUACAUUGUAGCUUCUCAUGGGCCGUUCCGCAGCAAAUAUGGAGGGGUGAACUAUGUGCUGAACACAUUGCUAUCGUUACACAUGGUGGUUGCAUUCCUUGUGGCUGUCAUCCUGGACAACACCGUACCUGGCAGUCGUCAAGAACGUGGAGUGUAUGUGUGGUCUGAACCUGAGGUUGCAAAGAGGGAGCCCGCUGUAGCCAAGGAUUAUGGGCUGCCCUUCAGAAUUGGCCGGGUUUUCAGAUGGGUGAAAUGGGUUGGACUUUGAUAGAAUUUUUGGUUGGUGUGAGCAUUAAUCAGAUAUUCAAGCUUUUCAGAAACCAUUUUCAGGGGGAUGAUUGUAGUGUUACCGUGAUUCUAAAGGUAAGUUCGGGGCAUAUAUUCUUAAUUAUUGGUCUGGAAACUGUUUUUUCCUACACGAAGGGACUUUCUACUUCUUAGGUUUAUAGGUCUUAUAGAGAUAUUUUGUGUACAUUUGAGGAACCAGAAGAUCUGGUUGUGUUGUAAUCUUAGAUUAAUGUAUCUAGUGUUGAGUCAUUGGGACCUUUUUCAUGCGGUCAAGUGAUCUUCAUGUAUAUGCUUUUUUCUUUUGUUUUCUUUCCAUGAUCAGCUUAGACCUCUACUUUCCCGAAUGUUGGACUCUCAAUGGAAAAAGAAAAAGAAGGGUAUUCACACCGAGUGAGUGAGAUCUGCAAUGUGGAAUGUUGUAUUUCUUUUAUUUAGUAUUUAGAUGAUCCCUAAAUAUCA